AUGAAAAAUCAUCUUGACAUCGUGACGGAGAAAAGUAAGCAACGACAUGUCACGUGCGCUGCAUCAGGAACGAAGGGACGAGGAGGGUUAGUAACAUUUAUUUCAAGCACUACUGUCAAUUAUGUAAUUGAAUCUGUUCGCCGUAUGAUUAAGGCAUCGAUUGCAGAUGAGAUUCAAUCGGCAGGAAUGUUCUCCGUGCAACUGGACACAACGCAAGAUGUUAGCGUAAAGGAUCAAUGCUCGAUUGUAAUCCGAUAUGUUAAAGACCAUAUUUACGAGCGACUGGUAUCCGUCAGCAAUUAUACUAAUUCGACAGACAAGGGUAUGUUCGAGCUGUUCCGGGAUGAAAUUGUCAAAAUGGGCAUAAACAUUGAAAACUGUGUGGGAAACUCUACAGACGGAGCGGCAAACAUGCAGGGCCAAUAUUCCGGUUUCACAAAAUGGCUCAGUGAGGCAUCCCCAAACCAAGUGCAUGUAUGGUGUUACGCUCAUGUAUUGAAUCUUGUUCUUGUUGAUACCACACAAACCACCAUAGCUGCUAUCAGUAUAUUUCAGCUUAUAAACAAAUGUGCUGUUUUCUUGCGCGAAUCAUAUAUACGAAUGGACAUAUAG